AUGUUUUCAGGAGGAUCGUCAAAUUUUAAUCGUUACUUGGAGAAAGCUACAAGCCAGUUGCUGUUGGAGCCAGACUGGGAUUCAGUGUUGCAGAUUGUUGACUGCAUUCGCCAGGGAGAUGUUCAACCCAAAGCUGCACUGUUUGCCAUAAAAAAGAAAAUUGGUCAUGAAAAUCCCCAUGUGGCCAUGUUUGCACUUCAGGUGUUGGAAGCUUGCGUGAAGAACUGUGGAUCUCCCCUUCAUGUAGAAGUGGCAUCAAAGGAGUUUAUGGAAUUCUUGAAAGACCUGGUCAAGUCGAAGGCAGACCCAGUGAAAGAGAAGAUUUUGGAGCUGAUACAGACCUGGUCCCACGCAUUUAGGAAUGAGCCAAGCUAUAAAGCGGUAGAGGAUACAUUUCACUGCCUGAAGGUGGAAGGUUUCAAGUUUCCAGCUCUGAAAGAAGCAGACGCCAUGUUUGAUGCUGAGAGGGCACCCUCUUGGAAGGAUGGUGAAACGUGUACAAGAUGUAGAGUUCAGUUCAGCGUCAUGCAAAGGAAGCAUCAUUGCCGGAACUGUGGAGAAGUUUUCUGCGGCAAAUGUUCCAACAAGACCUCUAUUAUUCCGAAACUUGGCUUUGAACGUGAAGUCAGGGUGUGUGACUCUUGUUUUGACAAGAUUAGCAAGCCAGGUAGUGGUGCCAAGAAGGAUGAUGACCUGCCAGCGGAAUAUCUGGCCAGUCCUUUAUCAAAGCAACCCCAGAUUCCUCCGACUAAAACAGAUCAGGAGCAGCAGGAGGAAGAAGAGCUCAUGCUGGCUUUGGCUUUGUCCAAGUCAGAACAUGAGACCAAAGAGAAAGAGAGAGAACGGUUGAGGUCGAGCUAUGGCGCUUACAACAAGACAUUCAAUGACAGGCCAGGAUCUCCGGUGAAGCCAACAGUCGUUGCUGCUCCUCUGGACACUUCUGACAUGGAUCCUGAGCUUGCUCGAUACUUGAACAGGCAUUACUGGCAGCAGAAGUCUGAGGAGCAGCACAGUCAACUGCCAGCAGCCUCAUCAACUUUACCAUCAGCUCCCACAGCAAGUGCUGACUCCAGGGUUACUGCUGGCCAGGUCAAUGAGGCGCCUCAAGUGAUUUCGUCUCACUUGUACCAGAAUGGAGACACAGAUGAUGGCCAGGAGCAGUUCCUGUCUGCCCUGCAGGGGUCACUGGAGAUCUUUGUAAACCGCAUGCGGAGCAACUCCCAAAGAGGUCGGCCUAUUGCCAACGACUCGGCCGUGCAGUCUUUGUUUGCUGUCAUUAGUGACAUGCACCCACAGCUGAUGACUCAUAUUCAGGAAAAGGAAGAUGCCAGAUCUUAUUACGAGGGACUACAGGACAAACUGACUCAGCUGAGGGAUGCCAGAGAAGCUUUGGAUUCCCUAAGAGAGGAGCAUCGGGAAAAACGUAGAAGAGAGGCAGAGGAAAUGGAGCGCCAGAGGCAGAUUCAGAUGAUGCAGAAACUGGAAGUGAUGAGGCAAAAGAAACAUGAAUAUCUUGAGAUGCAGCGCCAGUUAGCACUGCAGAGACUGCAGGAACAGGAGAGAGAAAUGGCCGCUAGAUUUGAACAGCAGAAGCAGCUAACACACAUGAGACAGAUGCAAGCUUUUGGAUACCCUCAGGGCUACCCUCAGCCAAUGAUGGGUCCAGGAGGAAUGCCUCCCAACAUAGGGAUGGUGCCACAAGGCUAUAAUCCUGCCGGAGGGUCAACCGAAGGGUCACCUGUUCAUAGAAUGACCAACGUGGCUGAUGGUUAUGGCAAUAUGCAGCAGGGCAUGGUGCAACCUGGCAUGUCACUACCCACUUACAUUGGCCAGGGCCAAACUGGAAUGUAUAAUAUGGGUCAGCAGCCAAUGGGAGGGCAGUAUGCAUCCAUGGGACCUGUCGCUAGCAUGCCGCCUGGUGGGUACCAAGCAGACGGCCAAGCCAUGAUUGGACAGCAGGUGUACAGUUUACAAAAUGAUCAAGGACCGACCAAUUUAGCACCACAACAUUCAGUGUCAGCCCCACCAAAUAUUGGAGGUUACAGCGGAAUGCAUGGGCAGAUGGCUGGGUCCAGUAUCCCCUACUCUCUGCCCCCAGGCGGAGGUGUGGACAAUCAGGCCGGUUAUGUAGGUGCCCCACCACAGUCCCAGGACUAUCAGUCUUUCAGCAUGCAAG